AGUCCGGAUGACUAACAGAGAUCGAACCAGAGUUUCGUCGUAUUAAGUUUUUAUUUUACUCAAGCAUCACUAAACCACCGCCAUUCGUUUGUAUCACUAAUUUUACUUACGACUUUUCUAGCUAUAUAUUGUUAGUAAAAAGAUUAUGGUAUUUCUGUAUAAAAAGUAUAUUUUUUAAAGUUCAUUCCCAUUAACAUAACGUGUUUUGCUUAUUCGGUCGUUACCACUUGCGCUCUAUAAAUUGACCAAGCUCAAUUUCGUCUUUGCUUCAAAAUCUCCAUAACACAUUUCUCGUUCUUUGUAGCUCGCUUCAUCUCAUCUUUCUGUCUCUAGAGAUGGAGGGCGUUAGGGUUUCUCUUGCUUGCGCUCUUCUUCUUUUUGUAGUCUCUUCAUCAAUAGCUUCUGCAGCCAUUGUCGAACACACCUUCAACGUACAAAACUUAACCAUCUCUCGGCUGUGCAAACGGCAAGUGAUAACGGUUGUUAAUGGAAGCCUGCCUGGACCAACGGUACGCGUCAAGGAGGGUGACUCGCUCGUUAUACACGUCAUUAACAAUUCCCCUCACAACAUCACAAUUCAUUGGCACGGGAUAUUCCAUAGACUGACGGUUUGGGCGGAUGGACCGAGCAUGAUAACGCAAUGCCCAAUCCAGCCUGGCCAUCGCUACGCUUACAGGUUCAACAUCACAGGCCAAGAAGGUACCUUGUGGUGGCACGCACAUUCGUCUUUCUUACGCGCCACCGUAUACGGUGCUAUCAUCAUCCGCCCUAAGCCCGGUCACUCUUACCCGUUUCCCAAACCCCACAAAGAAGUUCCCAUCAUAUUCGGUGAAUGGUGGAACACCGACGUAGUCGCGUUAGAAGAGGCUGCUAUCGCCACCGGAGUUCCUCCAAACAAUUCCGACGCCUAUACGAUCAAUGGUCUGCCGGGAAACCUAUAUCCAUGUUCCAAAGACAGAAUGUUUAACCUAGACGUGGUAAAAGGAAAGUUAUAUUUACUCCGCAUCAUAAACGCGGCAAUGAACAUGCAACUGUUUUUCAAGAUAGCCAAUCACAAGCUGACAGUUGUCGCAGCCGACGCAGUCUACACCAAACCUUACCUCACCGACGUCAUCGUCAUCGCACCGGGUCAAACAGUCGACGCACUGCUCCACGCCGAUCAGUCCAUCGGCUCCUCCUACUACAUGGCGGCUCACCCUUACGCCAGCGCACCCAGCGUGCCAUUCCCCAACACAACCACCAGAGGCGUCAUCCACUACAUCAGCGGCGCGUCGAAAACACACAAAACGAAGCGCGUGUUGAUGCCGAAGCUGCCUUCUUUCUUCGACACGCCAACUGCUCACAGGUUCUACUCUAAUCUGACCAGUUUGGUCCAUGGACCACACUGGGUCCCAGUGCCUCGCCACGUGGACGAGGAGAUGCUCGUAACCAUCGGGCUCGGGCUAGAGGCUUGCGCUGGAUGUCCGAAUUCGAAAUUCGCUGCUUCGAUGAACAACCACUCCUUCGUCUUACCCAAAAAGCUAUCCAUCUUGGAAGCGGUUUUCCACGGCGUCGAAGGGAUUUUCACGCCUGAUUUUCCAGACCAGCCUCCGGUUAAGUUCGAUUACACCGACCCGAACAUAACUCAGACAAGCCCGGGGCUCUUGUUCGUUCACAAAUCAACGAGCGCUAAGGUCUUGAAAUUCAAUACGACAGUGGAUUUGGUGCUGCAGAACCACGCGCUUCUCGCGGCUGAGAGUCACCCCAUGCAUCUCCACGGGUUUAACUUCCACGUGUUGGCUCAAGGGUUCGGUAAUUAUGACCCGACCCGUGAUCGGAGCAAGUACAAUCUUGUUAACCCCCAGUUCCGUAACACCUUGGCUGUGCCUGUUGGUGGGUGGGCCGUGAUCCGUUUCAGAGCUGAUAACCCAGGUGCGUGGAUUAUGCAUUGUCAUAUCGAUGUUCACUUGCCAUUUGGAUUAGGGAUGGUGUUUGUGGUUGAGAACGGACCAACGAAGUCGACCAGCUUGCCACCACCACCUCCUGAUCUUCCGAGAUGUUAAACAAUAUAAAUGGUUUUCUUGAAAACAGUAAUAAUAAGAUUAUUCAGGGCAAAGGGAAAUAAAGUUUGGCUCAAGCUAACUGGGAUUUGUUUUAUUUGUUUGAUUUGAUUGAUCACAUUUGAUUUGAUGUCAUGUAGUCGAUAAAUGUUAAAAGUUGAAUUUGUAGUCCGUCCAGAUGUUGUGUAUGUGGAUAAAAUAUAUGAUUGAUAUGAAUUUUAUUGUUUUACUACUA